CGACGGACGGUAGAUUACGGCAGUGGACUUGCACGGCAUGUACAGCUUCGCAAGUCCGGUGCUCAGCAGCCUGCCAUCAGACCCACACGGCAUCAUGUGCUCGACAUAUUCCCACCAAGCCUCGACAGUCGAAGUGACCCUGCGGCGACGUUGUGUUGCAAGUAUGCACAUACCUCCGGCAAUAAGAACAAGCAUCCCAUCAACUGUGUUCGCUGGACAUCAGACGGCCGACGAGUCUUGACUGGCUCGACCUCUGGCGAAAUGACACUAUGGAAUGGGCUGACGUUCAACUUUGAAACUAUCCUGCAGGCGCAUGAAUCGGCGGUGCGGGCAAUGGAGUGGUCGCCGAGUGGAGAUUGGUUGCUUUCCGGAGACCACGAAGGCUUCAUCAAGUACUCUCAAACCAACAUGAAUAUCGUCAAGGUCAUUCCUGCGCAUACGGAAGCGAUACGAGAUAUAGCCUUUUCUCCUGGCAGCAACAAAUUUGUCACUGCCUCAGACGAUGGCUCCAUGAAGCUCUGGAGUUUCAAUGAAGGCGUGGAAGAAGCAACCUUCACAGGUCAUGGUUGGGAUGUGAAAACGGUGGAUUGGCACAUGUCCAAGGGUCUCAUCGUUUCAGGCUCCAAGGACAAUCUCGUCAAACUCUGGGAUCCGAGGACAGCCAAGUGUCUAUCAACUUUGCAUGGACACAAAAACACAGUAUCCAAAGUCAUGUUUCAACGCGUGGACGGCGAUCUGCUUGCUACAUGCUCAAGAGAUUCGUCAGCGAGAGUGGUAGAUCUCAGAAUGAUGCGUGACCUGCGAGUACUGCGUGGCCAUGAAAAGGAUGUAACGACUUUGACAUGGCAUCCAAUCACGCCAUCGCUCAUCACAACUGGCGCGCACGAUGGCGCUCUCAGUCAUUACCUACUCAAUGAAAGUGCCAAGAAUGAAACCAGCAGUAUCACGAGUUCUGCUGCUGUUGCCCAGCCGACCAUGACAAUUCCGUUUGCGCACGAAUCGGCCAUCUGGUCAAUGGAGUAUCAUCCCUUCGGCCAUCUACUGGUCACUGGCUCAAAUGAUCGUGCCACUCGAUUCUGGGCGAGACCGAGACCGGGAGAUGACUUGACGUUCCAAGAUCGCUACCAUGUCGGCGAGGAAAAGGCACUGCAAACAGCCGAAAGCAGGCGUCGAUUGCGUCAAGAGGAAGAGGCAGCCGGCAACGAAGACGGUGGUCUUGUUGAUCAGCAGAAUCCAGUCUUGGGUCAAAUGCCAUUUGCGUCCUUACCUGGACUCGGUGGCCUGAAUGCUUUGCCACCUGGACUCAUUGCCUCUGCCAAUGGCAUGAAUGGUAGCCCUCAACGGCCACAAAGCAAUGGAAUUCCAGGGUUUGGUAACUAUGUGCUACCAUCAAGCCUACCAGGAAUUGCUGGACAAGGAGCUGGCUUUGUACCACCACCGCCACCCAAUUUUCAGCUUUUGCCACCA